AUGCACGCGGGUAUGGACUACAAGCGCUACCUCGAGGAGAUCGACAUCACGGAUGACGACCUGAAAAGCUGGAAAGCCAAGUUCUGGAACGACAACAAGUGGCUGCCGUCUUUCGCCGAAGACCGCAGCUUGGACUCGACCGACGAAGACCUGCGCCAGCGGAUUUUCAUGAGCAAGCAAGACGUCGCGGAAGCGCAGGCGGCCAAUCCACUCGCGAGUUUCUCCAUCAUGACGCCGUUCUCAGCACUGACGAAAGAAGAGUUUGCCACCAGAGUCCAAAACGCGUACGUUUACGGCAACACGACACAGAAACGGGUUCGAGCUGCACCGGUAUCACCCACGAGAUCACUUCGUGAGACCGAGACGUUCGCGGACAUCCAGGACAUAAUCGACGCUUUGCAAAAGAGGAUCCAGGAACGCGUAGACGACUCGUGGACACCCGGUGGCGUGAAAGCUGCUCGUGACACGGACGAAGACGAAGACGACGAUUCGGUUGCGCAACAAGUGCAAUGGGAUCUCCCUAUCCCAGAACCAGCCCCCAUGACGGAACCGCCGACACCAGCUCCGACACCAGCUCCGACACCAGCUCCUGAACCCAAGUCCACGACGCGGCCUUCUGUCGUUGAGUCCUUCAUUGAGUCCCUCCAGUGCAUCAAGCGUGGCCAAUCGAAGCUCAAUAGCUACUCAAAGCAGCAGCUGAUCGGUUGUGACUCGCAGAACAGGGGCUGUAAUGGCGGUGCUCCGGUAUACGCGUUCGAAUACAUCAGGCAGAACGGUCUGUGCUCGGAAAGCGCGUACCCCUACACGUUGCGCGAAGGCGGUACCACGUCCUGUUCAGCGAGGUGCUCCAAGAGCCAAACAGGCAUUACUGGAUACGAAAAGCUGGACGAUGGCGACGAAGCAGAGCUCAUUAACGCGCUCAAGUCGCAGCCUGUUGUCGCAGCCGUUGCGUCCGGGAACGCAGCUUGGAAGCAGUAUACUGGCGGCAUUCUCUCGACUUGCGAGACGUCCACGAUCGACCACGCUGUGCUCAUCGUGGGCUACGACGACACUACGUUCAAGAUCCAGAACUCGUGGGGCGAGGAUUGGGGCGAGGCGGGAUACAUUCGGCUGCAACGCACCUCGUCCAGCUCAGGCACUUGUGGCUUGCUCGAGAACAUGUCGCGACCCACGAUGUAA